CCCAGUUCCGGUUUCGGUCUUUUCUAACAGGCUGCGAUCAUGGCUCGCGGACUCAAGAAGCAUUUGAAGCGUUUGAAUGCCCCGAAGUCAUGGCUUCUGGACAAACUCGGCGGAGUGUUCGCUCCCCGACCGUCCGCUGGACCUCACAAACUCCGCGAGUCGCUGCCAAUCAUCCUCAUCCUCCGUAACAAGCUCAAGUACGCUCUGACCGGAUCUGAGGUUACAAAGAUCGUCAACCAGCGUCUGAUUAAGGUCGACGGUAAGGUUCGUACCGACGCCACUUUCCCCACGGGAUUCAUGGAUGUUGUCUCCAUCGAGAAGACCGGAGAAUUCUUCCGGAUCCAUUACGAUGUCAAGGGACGUUUCAUCCUCCACCGCAUCACCGCCGAGGAGGCAGAGUACAAGCUGUGCCGCGUCAAGAAAAUGAGCGUCGGACCCAAAAAGAUCCCCUUCUUGGUACUCCACGACGGUCGUACCAUCCGUUACCCCGAUCCAUUGAUCAAGGCCAACGACACUGUCAAGGUUGACAUUGCCACCGGCAAGAUCGACGAUUUCAUCAAGUUCGAUACCGGAAACGUCUGCAUGGUUACCGGAGGUCGUAACUUGGGGCGAGUCGGUAUCAUUACCAGCAGAGAAAGACAUCCUGGAUCUUUCGACAUCGUCCACAUCAAGGAUUCCAGCGGACACACCUUCGCCACCAGGCAAUCGUACAUUUUCGUCAUCGGAAAGGGAUCCAAGCCAUGGGUAUCGCUGCCCAAGGGCAAGGGCGUCAAGCUCUCGAUCGCUGAGGAGAGAGACAAGCGUUUGGCCGUCAAGAAGGCUCACUAAGUCGAUAAAAACAAAUUGGACGACAAUAAAUGCCUUCCACGAGCAAA